AGGGAGGGAUCGGCUUGUUUUCCCCCCACCCUUACGGACUGACGCAGGAGGAAAGACGGGUUUACAUACCCAGGGAGCGGGACACACACCUAUGCACCCGGGGACGCGCAGAGACGCCCGCACGCACCAGGUGACACGCACACUCAAACACUGGGGAAGAGAGACGGGCACACACACCCAGACUCCCGGGACACACGCGCAGCCGCCAGCCCACACCACAGCCUCCCGAGGGAAGAAAAGGCGCCCACCCUUCCCGCGCACGACGUGGCUCUGGUGACCUCUGACAUUCUGCCUAGCCGAGAGUUCGCAAAUGUUUUGUGACCCCUCAGUACUCACAAAAUGCCACAGGGAGUUUGAUCGAAAACUGUGACACAAAUGAAAGUUCCAGAUACCUGAGGAGGGAGGCUGUGAGUGAUGUGGAGUGAUCCAGUUUCAGUUACAUGCAGUAAACAACCUUAUGAAAAGCUCCCUGCAGAGCUCUGAGGUUCCUGCUCCUUCCCAGCCGGUGGCAGCUUCCCUGCAGACUGUGGCAGGUGAUGUAGCUGGCUGUGUCCUGGGGCCAUGCUAGAGGAAAAUGAAGUACCUUGAAUACUAGAAUCACGGAGCAAAUACACUGUAGCGCAAAACUUCUGCACUCCAGUCAUGAGCCCAGGAUUGUGAUGACAAACUUCUCACCCAUCGUCUGAGUGAGUCCUUCUAAGAAGCCCGGGAGGUGAUAAUGACGCUUGAACUGAAUAAUUAGGGUUUUGAAGUCAAAGAUCUGGUAAUUAACAAUGGCAGGAAAAUCAUCACUUUUUAAAGUAAUUCUCCUUGGAGAUGGUGGAGUUGGGAAGAGUUCUCUUAUGAACAGAUAUGUAACCAAUAAAUUUGAUGCCCAGCUGUUCCAUACGAUAGGUGUGGAAUUUUUAAAUAAAGAUCUGGAGGUGGAUGGACAUUUCGUUACCAUGCAGAUUUGGGACACAGCUGGUCAGGAGCGAUUCAGGAGCCUGAGGACGCCGUUUUACAGAGGGUCUGACUGUUGCCUGCUUACCUUCAGUGUCGAUGAUUCUCAAAGCUUCCAGAACCUGAGUAAUUGGAAGAAAGAAUUCAUAUAUUACGCAGAUGUGAAAGAGCCGGAAAGCUUUCCUUUUGUGAUUUUGGGUAACAAGGUCGACAUAAGUGAACGACAGGUAUCUGCUGAAGAAGCCCAAGCCUGGUGCAGGGACAACGGCGACUAUCCUUACUUUGAAACAAGUGCAAAAGAUGCCACUAAUGUCGCAGCAGCCUUUGAGGAGGCAGUUCGAAGGGUUCUUGCUACAGAGGAUAGGUCGGAUCACUUGAUUCAGACAGACACAGUCAGUCUGCACCGGAAACCCAAGCCUAGCCCAUCUUGCUGUUGACCAUUAAAGAGGUGGCCGGGGCAUUCUAACCAACUCACACACGCACACACACAAGUACGAGUGUGGAUCAAUUAGGGUUUGCAACAAGGUAUCGUCUACUAAUAAAAUGAAACUAAGGGAGAUCGCUGCUUCUAUUGGUAGGUGGGAGAAGGGGCACGUCCGCUCACGGAGAAGUCCAUUUCCUGAAUAAUGGCGCCUUACAUUUCUGAAUUGUAAUGGCUGUCUAAUAAUGUUUCUUUAAUGUAAAUAUGUUACAGAGCUAAUAAGAGAGAUGACCAAGACUUUAAUUAUAAUUGAAACAGAAAACUUGAAUAUUGUAGAAGUUAUCCUUGGGUUAUUUUUUCCAGGAAAAUGGAGAACUACUUUUUAUAUGUGUGUAUUUUUAUGUAAUUAGUGUCCCAUUCUUGGUUGGGGGAAAAACUUUUCCAAAAGCAAUAAUGUUAGGUAUUAAAGAUUAAAAUCUAAUGCA